GCACCCUCGGUGCCCGCGGGCGUCACAGGGAGGCUCUGCGGUCUUUCCUGGGACGCGGUAAACCCAAGGUCACCAGAGGUCGUGUGCUGCCAGCACCCGGUGCCUUGCCGCACGUCUCUGGAGUCUGCCUGGCUUCCAGCUGUCCCCGCGGAGCCCUGCCGGGCGCCGGAGACCACGUCCUCCUGCCCUCGGGUCGCAUUCAGCUCUCGUGUGAGCCUGUCCUGAAGACCCGGAGCCUCUGCGCCGUGUCCUUGGUGGGAAGACCCCGCGAUGGCCGAGCGGGCAGCGUCACGUGGAGCCCGGGGGGCCCGCCGGUCUUGGUCCUGCCUGUGGCCCCAGCUGCGGUGGUGGAGGCGCCGGGCUUCGAGUUGCUCACAGUCUGAUGAAAUCAUGCACCAGGACAUCAGCCCGCUCUGUGCUGCAGACAUCCAGGACCAGCUGCAGAAGUGCUUCGCUUACCUGUCUGGCGGGCGGGGGCAGGACGGCAGCCCCGUCAUCACCUUCCCCGACUACCCGGCCUUCGGUGAGGUCCCGGACAAGGAGUUCCAGAAUGUCAUGACCUACCUUACCAGCGUCCCCAGCCUGCAGGAUGCCGGCAUUGGGUUCAUCCUGGUCAUAGACCGGAGGCAGGACAAAUGGACCUCAGUGAAGGCGUCGGUCCUGAGAAUCGCGGCAUCCUUCCCGGCAAACCUGCAGCUCGUCCUUGUCCUGCGCCCAACGGGAUUUUUCCAGAGGACGCUCUCUGACCUCGCCUUCAGGUUCAACAGAGAUGACUUUAAGAUGAAGGUACCGGUCAUAAUGCUGAGCUCAGUACCUGAAUUACACGGUUACAUCGACAAAUCCCAGCUGACGGAGGACUUGGGCGGGACGCUGGAUUACUGCCACUCCAGAUGGCUGUGUCACCGCACAGCCAUCGAGAGCUUCGCCCUCACAGUUAAGCAGACGGCACAGACGCUGCAGGUGUUUGGGACUGAGCUGGCUGAGACGGAGCUGCCCAACGACGUCCAGUCCACGAGCUCCGUGCUCUUCGCUCACACGGAGAAGAGGGACCGAGCGAAGGAGGACAUGAGGCUGGCACUGGACGAGGGGCAGAGCGUCCUGGAGAGCCUCAGGGAGCCUCUGGCCAAGAGCCCGGAGCAGAGCCUGAACCAGGACCAGCUGGACAGUCAGACCACCGUGCAGAGGCUCCUGGCCCAGCUGAAUGAAACCGAGGCCGCCUUUGAUGAGUUUUGGGCGAAACAUCAGCAGAAACUCGAGCAGUGUCUGCAGCUCCGGCAUUUUGAGCAGGAUUUCCGGGAGGUCAAGGCCGCCUUGGACGCAUUGGCCCAGAAGAUAGCCACCUUCACUGACGUGGGCAACAGCCUGGCACACGUGGAGCACCUCCUGAAGGACCUGGCCAGCUUCGAGGAGAAGUCCAGCGUGGCCGUGGGGCGAGCCCGUGCCCUGUCCCUGGAGGGCGAGCAGCUCAUCAGCCACAAGCAUUACGCCGUGGACUCCAUCCGCCCCAAGUGCCACGAGCUCGGGCACCUGUGCGACCAGUUUGCGGCAGACGUCGGGCGGAGGAGGGCGCUGCUCAGCCAGUCGCUGGAGCUGCACGGCCUCCUGGAGGCGUCCAUGAGGUGGUGUGAUGAGGGCAUCUACCUGCUGGCCUCGCAGCCGGUGGACAAGUGCCAGUCCCAGGACGGCGCCGAGGCGGCUCUCCAGGAGAUCGAGAAGUUUCUGGAGACUGGAGCAGAAAACAAGAUCCGGGAACUCAGUAGACUCUACCAGGACUACGAGCCCAUCCUCACCCCGGAGCUGAGGGAGCACGUGCAGAAGGUUUUCCAGAAGCAGGAGAGCAUGGAGGAGAUGUUCCACCGGAGACAGGCGAGCCUGAAGAAGCUGGCGGCCAAGCAGACACGGCCCGUGCAGCCGGUGGCCCCGCGGCCCGAAGCGCUCACGAAAUCGCCCUGCCCCUCCCCAGGCGUCCGGAGAGGCUCUGAGAACCACAGCUCUGAUGGCAGCGCGACCCGGAGGGGGCCCUACCGCAGGGCCAAGAGCGAGAUGAGCGAGGGCCGGCCGGGCCGGGGCAGCUCCACCGGGGACGAGGAGGAGAGCCUGGCCAUCCUGCGGAGGCAUGUGAUGAACGAGCUGCUGGACACGGAGCGGGUCUACGUGGAGGAGCUGCUGUGCGUCCUGGAGGGCUACGCCGCCGAGAUGGAGAACCCUCUAAUGACGCACCUCAUCUCGACCGGCCUUCAUAACAAGAAGGACGUUCUCUUUGGAAACAUGGAAGAAAUUUACCACUUUCAUAACAGAAUAUUCCUGAGGGAGCUGGAGAACUACAAAGACUGCCCCGAGCUGGUAGGGAGGUGCUUUCUGGAAAGGAUGGAGGAGUUCCAGGUCUACGAGAAGUACUGCCAGAACAAGCCGCGCUCCGAGAGCCUGUGGAGGCAGUGCGCCGACUGCCCGUUCUUCCAGGAAUGUCAGAGGAAGCUGGACCAUAAGCUAAGCCUGGACUCCUACCUGCUGAAGCCCGUCCAGAGGAUCACCAAGUACCAGCUGCUGCUCAAGGAAAUGCUGAAAUACAGCAAGAACUGCGAGGGAGCCGAGGACCUGCAGGAGGCGCUGAGCUCCAUCCUGGGCAUUCUCAAGGCCGUGAACGACUCCAUGCACUUGAUCGCCAUCACUGGCUACGAGGGGAACCUGAGCGACCUGGGGAAGCUGCUGAUGCAGGGCUCCUUCAGCGUCUGGACCGACCACAAGAAGGGCCACGCCAAGGUGAAGGACCUGGCCAGGUUCAAGCCCAUGCAGCGCCACCUGUUCCUGCACGAGAAAGCCGUGCUGUUCUGCAAGAGGCGGGAGGAGAACGGGGAGGGCUACGAGAAGGCCCCGUCCUACAGCUAUAAGCAGUCCCUGAACAUGACGGCCGUUGGCAUCACGGAGAAUGUGAAAGGGGACACGCGGAAGUUUGAGAUCUGGUACAACGCCCGGGAGGAGGUUUACAUCGUACAGGCACCGACUCCCGAAAUCAAGGCCGCGUGGGUGAGCGAGAUCCGCAAGGUGCUGACCAGCCAGCUGCAGGCGUGUCGAGAGGCCAGCCAGCACAGAGCCCUGGAGCAGUCCCAUAGCCUGCCGCUGCCAGCGCCUGCCAGCACCAGCCCCUCGAAAGGGAACACAAGAAACAUCAAAAAGUUGGAAGAAAGGAAAACAGACCCGCUCAGCCUGGAGGGAUAUGUGAGCUCCACGUCGUUGCCGAGGCCCCCGGAGAAGGGCAGAGACGGCGCGGUCACCAGCUCUGCGUCAGAAAGCGCUGCGCUGGCGAGAAAGCGCUUCCCCCUGCAGGGCUUCGCUGCCCUGAAAGGGCAGAAAGCUUCUCCUACCAGUCCCGACAAAAAAGCUAAGCGACACCAAGUAAAGAGCGACCCAACGCCUUUUGGUUUACGAGGCUGGAGCAGAACGUCUCACCCGUCAGAGGCCCCUGAGGACAACGACGGCUGGUCCAGCGCGGAGGAGCCCAUUAACUCCUCGGACGCAGAGGAAGAAGGCGGAGUGGGCCUCCGGAAGCUGGUUCCCGGGAAGUACACCGUCACGGGGCUGGACGAGAAGGGGGGCCCCGACGCGCUGGCCGUGAGAAGCGGGGACGAAGUGGAGCUGGUGCAGGAGGGCGACGAGGGCCUUUGGUAUGUGCGGAACCUGACCUCCGGCGCCGAGGGCUGGGUGCCGGCCCGCGGCCUGUCCUCGCUCCUCGACCAGCCCGGCUCCGCCCCGAGCCUGAGCAGCCCAGAGUCCAGCGCGGGGUCCGGCCUGCUGAGCGCCUCGUCCAGCUGCAGCGAGAGCUGCGGGGCCCCCCUGGCGGAGCUGCAGGGAGAACGCCCGCGGCCACAGCAGCCCGCGGACCUCUGAGUUUCCCUUUGCUUGGGCGUGGUUUGGUGAGGGACGGUGCCCAGAGCCGCCCCCGGAACCGGCGUGCCGCCCCGGCGCCCAGACCGAGGGUUCGGGAAGAGCGCGCCCUCCCACCUCCGCGCAGGAUCCCUCCCCGGGGCGCAGGAAGCGCGCGGCCCCCGGGCUUGCCCGGAGCCGGCGGAAGCGGGCGGCGGACGCGGCAGCCGCCCCGCUAGGGCCCCUGACGUUCUGGUCUGGUGCUGUGUGCAGGAACGCGCGUUCUGCGGAACUGCUUCCAAAAGGAGUGACCGACUCACUGACCCGACAGCUUGGGGGCGGGGGCUAGUUUGUCUUUCUCAAGUUUUUUUAAGCAGGGAUUAAUUCUAGGGCCAUUAAUUUACUUUGGCCUCUAAUCUUUACCAAGAAUCACUGUGUUUACAUGAAGUGACAAUUUGAUACUGUAUUUGAUACAAAACUAUUUUUUGUUACUGGGGUUUACACUGCGCUGAGCGACGUGCGCACUCUUGGACACUGGCGGCUCUCCGCGAGGCCCACCCUGUCACAGGUGGAUGCAGGGCCUCCCUCCACGGGAUCAGGAAGCGGUCCUGCAAACACAAGCAGACACCAGGGGUUCCUUCACCGUCACCUGCCAUUCGCUCUCAAAAGAGAAUUUAAACUGUAAUUUAAAAUACUAACCACCUUUUCUACAGAAAAAAAUGGGUGACUCGACUUUUUAACGCGCUUCACUGAAUUAGGCUGUUUUUAAUGUUUUUAAAGAAAAUGUAAAGAUGCAGCUUUUGCAGGUGUCACCCAGCCCAGGGAGCGUCUGAGCUCCGGAGCCCCCGCUCCCCUGGCUCCCCGCCGCCCCGCGUCUCAGAACUGCCCUCCUGUGCUGUAGAGAACCGCCCAGCACAGGAGCAGUUUAUUUUAUUCAAAUCGAGGCAAACUGGAAAGAAACUGUCUUACUGUUUUUGUGUUUCAGAAACGAAUUCUGUUCUUUGGAGGCCCUUCUUUCUGUGCUGGCGGGGGCAGGGUUUUAUAUGUGUGUAUAUACUUCGAAGUCUGUACAUAUGUCCCCGCUGUAAGGGGGGUAUUUAUAGCCUCCAUGCUGCUGGCGAUGUGUCACUUUACAGCCCCCGCCCCCGCCCCGUCUGCGUGCAGGGCCAGCCCUCUCUGAGUCGCAGUAAGUAGCCAGCACGCGCAGCAGCUUUCCUCCCACGUGUAAGUUAUUUGAGAAACGAUGUGUCGCAUAACUUAAUAUAUUGGUGGUUCAGACACCGUUCCCGAUGUCUCAGCCUGGAUUCACCCCCAUUUUUGUGAUCUCUUCCUCAUAAAGCACUUUAAAACCUCGUG